AUGGCAGAGAGCCUGAUGACCAUAGCCUAUGACAACGGAGUGAACCUGUUUGACACAGCAGAGGUUUACGCUUCAGGAAGGGCUGAGACGACUUUGGGUAAAAUCCUAAAGAAGAAGGAAUGGAGGAGGUCUAGUUAUGUGGUGACCACUAAGAUCUACUGGGGAGGACAGGCGGAGACGGAGAGAGGGUUGUCUCGGAAACACAUCAUUGAAGGUCUGAGGGAUUCUCUGUCUCGGCUGCAAUUGGAGUAUGUUGACAUCGUCUUCGCAAACCGCACAGACAUCAACUCACCUAUGGAGGAGGUGGUGAGGGCGAUGACGUUUGUGAUCAACCAUGGCAUGGCCAUGCUCAAGACGUCACGAUGGAGCGCAAUGGAGAUCAUGGAGGCAUACUCAGUAGCGCGGCAGUUCAACCUCAUCCCUCCAGUGUGUGAGCAGGCAGAAUACCACUACUACCACAGAGACAAGGUGGAGGUCCAGCUACCUGAACUAUACCACAAGAUAGGUGUAGGAGUGAUGACGUGGUCCCCUCUAGCUGGAGGUCUGAUAUCAGGGAAAUACAACGACGGAGUUCCUGAAGACUCAAGAGCUGCCAUGAAGGGCUAUGUGUGGAUGAAGGAUCGAAUAUUCAGUGAGGAGGGACAGAAACAGCUGGCCAAGAUCAAAGAGCUCCACCCUUUGGCUGAUCGGAUGAACUGCACCCUAUCUCAACUCGCUAUAGCCUGGUGUCUGCGUAGUGAGAGGGUCAGCUGUGUUCUCCUGGGGAUCACCAACACAGACCAGCUGCAAGAGAACCUCGGCUGUAUCAGGGUCCUCUCCCAGCUUUCCCCUCAGACCGUAGCAGAGAUGGACGCUCUCCUGGGAAACAAACCCCGACCCAAGAAGGAGGCUCUCGCAUAAAGAGAGACGGAGCGAAAGCGAGGGAAUGAGAGAGAUGGAGAGAAAUAAAAAGGAACCAAGAGAUGGAGAGAUAUAGAAUGGGAAAAAUGAGACGAAAAGCAGAGGAGUGAAAAGGAGGACAGGAAGGACAAACAAAGAUAAUACUAUGUAGAAGGAGAA